AUGGCGGACACAAAAGCAUCCCGCCAACCCGUCACUGGCUCAUGCCAUUGCGGAACCAUCAAAUACGUCGCCUUCCUCACCCUGCCCCAGACUCACAAUGAAUCGAACCCGCCGACCAAGCAAGAGCAGCGCAUCUACCGAUGCAAUUGUACCAUGUGUCACAAAGCAGGCUUCUUCCACGUCAGGGUCGCCAACAAAACUGACGAUUUUCUCCUUCUGUCGCCACUCGAUCCCUUACAAGAAUUAGGCGAUUACUUGAUCCACAACAAGGUCCUUCACUGGCUCUACUGCAAAACCUGCGGUGUACGGUGCUUUACAUUUAUGGGCACGGGAGAAGUGGUGGACCUCGAUCUUGCAGAGCUGUGUGUGCCUGGGUAUACGGACAAGGGCCAAAAAACUCGAGUUUGGAGAGCCAAAGAGGACGGGGGCCAUCCCGAGUAUGGGACUUAUUUGAGUUUCAAUGGCAACACGGUUGAUGCUUCGUCAAAGUCGUUUGAUAUGAGGGAAAUGGUGGAGCAAAAGUGCGUUCAGUUUUAUGAUUAUCUGGCCGAGGGUGAGAAGCGACAACCCGUGCGGUACGGCCGGCCGCACCAGGGCGGCUGCUACUGA